AUGAACCCGCUAGUGGACGAGUUCUUGGGAGGAAAGAACGGCCUUCUGGUUGCGAUGGGUCCGACAGGGUCCGGCAAGACGCAUACCGUCUUUGGUACUGCAAGAAAUCCCGGCCUGGUACCGCUCACGCUACAGAAGAUCUUCACUACGGCAGAUGAAUCCGAAGGUGGCAACCAAUCGCCAAGAUUAUUUUACUUGUCAAUGUUCGAGAUACUCUGUGAAGGAAAAGGAGAACGAAUUCUCGAUCUUCUGUCUGAUGCAACAAUUAAAGGCCUUAAAGAGGUAGCCAUUUCAAGUGCCAUGGAUGCUGAGAGUUUAGUUUCACGUGGCAUGCUUAAGCGGAGCACAGCUGCAACUGAUGCUAACAGCGAGUCAAGCCGGUCACAGUGCAUCAUCACUAUACGUGCUGUUCAUAAAAACGUUGACCAACAAAGUGAGCACCCGAUUAGUGGAUCUGUCUUGACCAUUGCUGACCUUGCUGGAGCAGAGCGAAAAAAGAAUACUGGAAAUAAGGGUUCAAGGUUGUUGGAGAGUAACUUUAUCAACAAUACGUCCAUGGUUUUCGGUCUAUGUCUGAGGGCUUUAUUAGAUCAUCAGAAAAAUCAGAAGAAAACCUUGGAGAAACAUUUUAAGAACUCAAUGUUGACAAGGUACUUGAAAGACUACCUGGAGGGAAGGAAGAAGAUGACUCUGAUUUUGAACGUGAAACCAGGAGAAGAUGAUUACGCUGAUACAUCAUAUUUGCUCAGACAAGCAUCUCCUUACAUGAAAAUAAGGUACACCAGCCUUGAUGAAUCUUCUAACUUGGUUUCCCAAAAGAGAACCAAUGUUUUCCUGGUUUGCCAAGAGAACAAGAAAAAGAGGAAGGUUAACAAGCCCGAACCUGAAGUUGUUACGGCUGAAGAAAAGGAGCUGCAAAGAGUGUCUCGAAGUGAACAAAUCAUGAAAAACCUUUUCAAUGCUUUAUGGACUGUUUCAAAACAAAAGAUUACGGAGUCUGAGGUUGCUGCUAAAAGCAUGCAAGAAUUGCUCAAAGAUAAAGACACUGAAAUUCUAGAGCUGAAAAAGGAGUUGGAUGACCUGAAGUCUCGUUGUUCACGCGUUAAGCAAAAUGGUGCUGCAUCAAUUGCUAUAAGCUCGGUUUCUGAAACUGAACUGGCCAGUGACGCUGCAUUAGACAAUCUCCAUUUGAGCACUGAGUUGGUACAAAAGAUCUCAGAAGAAUCUACAUAUUCUGAUCCAGAAAUGUCUUCAGCUUAUUGCGAUAUGACAGAGAAAUCCGUCGACUGUGAUACCUCUGUUGCUAAUUUGAUAGAUGAACAAGAGUUGAGCUCCAGAUAUUUGAAGAAAGAGGAAUCAUGCACUCCUGAUGUUACUGAACCCAAGUGCGAUCUGAAAAAGGAAAAUACUGAGACAAUCCGACAAGUGGGCAACAAGGAAUCUGAUGGUUCUGAGAGCUGUUCUGAACAAACAUCGGCACCUGACGGUGGUGUAACACAUGCACCCAGUCAUUUGGAUGACCCAUCUGAGCUUAGCUUUUCAGAACUUCAUAUAGUUCCAUGUAAUCUGUCCGCACAGUUUACUGAUAUACAAGUUAGUGAGAAAGCUCCCAUGGAACAAAGUGAAGAAGAGGAGUUAAGCAGCAAUACAGAAGUGGAGAGUAUUCAACAUGACGUCGACAUAAAAGAGAUGAAGCAGCAUGAUUAUCAAAGUUCAUCUCAGCAACCGAACUGUGACGCUGGAGACGUUAGCUCCAAUCAGCCUUUCUUAGAGUUGCAAGGCAUGGGUGCUGCUCACCAGAAUCCUGAUGAACUGGUGCCUGAGCCAGAAAGGUGCGAGUCCAUGGUAAAGGAGGCCACUGCAGCACACGCACAUGGAGCAAAUGAGGACCUUUGCGCUUCGAAGCCUCGUGAAAACACAAAGAAGCCGUCAAGCAGGAGGAGGCUGCUGCCGGUGUCGGCCAUGAUGCUCAAGGAGUUCACCGGCCCUGCCAUUGGUUUGGAUGGAGGAGGCGCCAAGGCAUCGUCGGGCGAGCAGUCGGCGACGGCUGCUGGGCGAUCGGACGCGCUCAUCCGGCUCCUCAAAGCAAAAGCGCCGCCCAUGAGGCAUCAUCGGGGCUAG